AUGCAUUCCAAUCCAAUUUUUGAAUUUAUGGCAUCAAAAGGAUUAUCCGAUAAGUUAAAAAAGAAGGUCAAAGGCAAGAUUUGCUUUAAAGUAAUUAGAGGAUCUGAACAUAAACUUUGGCUAAUUGAUAUUGAUGGCAAAAAAGUAAUACCUGAUACAAGUAAAGAUGCUGAUACCAUUUUCAAUAUUUAAGAUGAUGACAUGGUUUGCUUUUCUAAGGGAUAAACGAACUUAAGAACAUUGUUUAUGAGAAAAAAGUUAGUCAUAGAAGGAGAUUUUUCAAAUGCUAUUCGAUUCACUAGCGAUUUAUUACCAAAAAUGCCUUUACUAUGA